AUGACAUGGCACUCUGUGUGCACAACUGUAUGCGCAUGCACGUGAGCUUCUCCCUUUGCAAAUGUGCCACAAUAAAACAACUGAGUUUCUCUGCUAUGAACACAUUUCCAAACACAAAGCAGAUGUUGUGGUCGUGCCAGGAGCUACCACUAAAGGACACCAAGGUCAUAUCCUCAGCAUUGUUUCUGGGAAUUUGGGGGCAUUAAUGAGUUGGUUAGAGUCUACAAAUAAAUAUGCGCUAUAUUUAAAAACAUGUUGGUUUUUAAAGCUACUAUUCUCGUAUUUUUACAUGAAAAGAGGUUUUCAGUGCCUUUCCAGCAGUCCUCUUCCAAUGGAAGUUUAAAUUUGACUCUUUAUGUACCAAACUGAAAUUAUUUUUAUUUUUUUAUAUAUAUAAAUAAAGAUAAUGUCAAAAUUAACAAACAAAAUUUUACAACAUUUCUGGUGGCCUGCCAGACGUUUCUAAUGGCUGAGUAAGUGUUUUGCUCCCUGGUUACUUUAUAGUCCCUUUGAGUAUAAAAUUCAAAAGUGAGAAGUGACUCAUGAAUUGCGGUGGGUCGUUCAUCUUGUAGUGGUCUUCCUCUGAUAAUAUCCCCUUAAAGAUUAGUGCUUUUUAUUAUCUGCUUGUUUAAUAUGGAAACCAGCCAAUGAAAUAAAGUCUUCAUGCAAAGAAAGACAUGUCGGCUUGGGCUGCAUUAUCUCCAGCGCUGUUUGCCUUAUCUUUGCAUGUCCGAGUCUCUUGACUUAUAUGGAUAAGCCCGUCACCCCGCGGCCUGACAAUACAGUCCCAAAAUAAUCUGAGCGAGCACAGCUGAGCCCCGCUCGGCGCCGCACGCUGCUCCUCCGCCGCCGCUCAGAGGACACACUGCCGUCAAAUCUCUCAUCAGUAAUGACCAAAUUCAGCUAUUCUGAAUACUUAUCUCAGUUCCGUAAUGCUGGUGGUAAAUGUUGUAAUGUUCUGUCGCGGCGAGGAGGAGACAGGAGGAGAGAAGACAGUCAGAGCGACGUAACGUCCGAGCCGGAGGAUGAUGACCCGGUGGUCUUUGCUAUUAGGAGAGGGGAUGUGAAGGCUGUUAAUGAUCUGGCAACAUCCGCUGCUCAGUGCCUGCUGAAGGAGAACAAAGAUGGAUGGAUACCCCUGCACCAUGCUGCCUUCUGUGGACAGACAGAGUGCUUGAAGACCCUACUGAAGGCCCAUCCAGGUUCAGUAGACAAACGUACCUUGCAGGAGCAGACGGCCUUGCUGCUUGCUGUAUCUUGUGAGCACUUGUCAUGUGUUCGGUGCCUUCUGGAGGAAGGCGCUGAUCCCGAUAUCAGCAGCAAGAACAAAGAAACCCCUUUGUACAAAGCCUGCGAGCUGGAGAAUGUGGACAUGGUGAGCCUCAUUCUGUCCUACGGUGCCACUGUGAACCAACGAUGUGGUCAGGGUUGGACAGCCCUCCAUGAAGCUGUAUCCAGGAACAACACAGAGAUCUGUGAGAUGCUAAUAAGAACCGGGGCCACAAUCAAUCCACCUAAUACCUACAGCAUCACACCGCUCACUGUAGCAGCUCAGCGGGGACAGAUGAGGGCACUGUGUUACCUUAUUGGAAAAGGUGCAGAUGUGAACAUGCAGACGUGUGAUGGCGUCACAGCACUGCAUGAGGCUAGUAAAAAUGGCCACAGGGACAGCGUAGCAGUGCUGUUGACUAAAAACGCAGAUGCCAACAAACCCACUAAUUCAGGACUGCUGCCACUGCAUGUUGCUGCACAACAUGGACACCAUGAGAUUGUGUCCAUGCUUGUCCCAGUGACAAGUCGAGCCAUGCUCCGCCACAGUUGUGUCAGCCCCCUCCACCUGGCAGCAGAGCACAACAGACACACUGUGGCAGCUGUGCUACUGAAGACAGGUGCAGAUGUAAACGCCACACUGGCCCACAGUCAGUCUAUCCAGUAUGCUGAUCGACGUGCGACAGCCCUCUUCUUCGCUAUUGCCAACGGCAGCACCGAGACAGCAGAGGUGUUACUCAACGCCGGUGCGAGUCUAACCCUGGACCCUGUCAGCCCUCUACUGAUGGCUGUGCGGCAGGGCUGUGUCAGCAUUGUGUCCUUGCUGCUGCGGAGAGGUGCCGAUGCCAACGCCAGUAUCCCAUCUUGUGCUACUACGUUCCCCGCUGUUGUUGCACUUUGCAUGAAUAAUCUGCCUCUACUCAAAUGCCUUUUGGACAAUGGCUGCGAUGCCACCUCCUGUUUUACAUGUACACAUGGCAGUGCUCCUCACCCAACAGCUGCAGGGUCCCACAUAGGAAGUUUCAGUAAUGGAUAUGUUUUGCAGACUGAUAAUAUGCUUCCUUUAAACUGCAGUGAGGCAUCAGAAAGGGUAACACAGUUCUGUGAAUGGAUCUCAACACCACUUAUGUGUAAAUGUGCAGGACCGAUAAUAGACCUGCUGCUGGAGCAUGUUGGUCAUGUUCAGCUGUGCAGCAAACUCACUGAACUGCUGGACAGCCAGGAAGAAUGGCUCGCCGUUAGGAGGAAGUCACUCUCGCCUCGUCCACUGCUGCACCUUUGCAGAUUAAGGAUUCGGACCCAAAUGGGGAGACACAGACUGAAAUCACUCACGAGCCUACCUCUGCCAGACAGACUGAUCAGAUACCUGAGCAUGGCUGACUGGCUUUAGGAUAAACAUCAAGCAGAGAUGUGACUAAAUUUAUCAUUUUGUGUUUCUUUUUUUAGUUGCAGCUCCUAUCUUUAUUCUGUAAAAGGUCCUCCAAAGGAAUUUUCUAUGCAUAAAAUAUCUAUUUAUAACAUAUGUAAUGUGACAACAAUUUUCUUUCAUCUGUCUGUCUGAAUGUUUUGUAGUUUCACACAAACGCUCAGAGGAAGUAAAAACGAUCUAAUGCCCAAAGGA